AUGGCGCUGUGGUAUUCAUUAGGCAUCGCGUUCUUCGCGGCCAUCGGCACGUUCUUGUUUGGGUUCGAUACUGGUAUUGCGACGACGACUAUCGCCCAUCAAAGUUGGAUUGAUUAUAUGCACAAGCCAUCCAACGGCCUGACCGGUGCAGUGGUUGCCGUCUAUAUCGCCGGCGAGGCCGUCGGCGCCUUGACGCAGACCUUCAUCGGCGACCGACUCGGGCGCAUUCGGUUCAUGCAGCUCAUGUGCGUAAUUGUGACCAUCGGCACCGUGAUCCAGACUGCCUCCGUAAAUAUUGGCAUGUUCCUCGCCGGCCGGGUGCUGGCAGGCUACGCCGUCGGCGGCAUGGUCGCCACUGUCCCCAUCUAUCUCAGCGAAAUCUCCGACCCCCGCGUCCGCGGCCUGAUCGGUGGUAUCUCAGGCUGUGGCAUCUCCUUCGGCACCAUGAUGUCCAACUGGGUCGGGUUCGCUUGCGGCUACGCCCCUCACGGCCCGGUGCAGUGGCGCCUUCCACUCGGCAUCCAGAUCCCCUGGGGCAUAAUCCUGUUCAUCGGCUUGGCGACGUUUAUGCCCAACUCGCCGCGACAAUUGAUCCGCAUAGGCAAGAUCGAGCAGGCGCGCGCCGAGUUUGUGCGUAUCCGCCGCGGCCAGCUCUCGCACGAGGUGCAGGAGGAGUUUGAGCUGAUGCAGGCGCAAAUCGAGUACGAGAUGGAGCGGGAGAUUACGAGCUACCGCGAGAUUUACCGGCUUUUCCGACACCGGGUGUUGGUAUCGAUUGCGGUCCAGACCAUGACGAGUCUGACAGGUGUCAAUGUGAUCCAGUACUAUCAAACAAUAUUGUACAAAUCCCUCGGCAUCGGCUCGCAUUCUAUCCUCGCCCUUGCCGGUGUCUAUGGCACGGUCGCCUUCUUCUCCAACGCCAUUACGACCAAGUUUUUGACGGACCAGUGGGGCCGCCGCAAGAUGCUGAUCACUGGGCUGGCAGGGAUCGUGCUGAUUGAAAUCUACGCCGCAGUGAUGCAGCGCGAGUUCCAGCACACCGACAACCAGGUCGGCAAGGGCUUUGCCAUUUUGGGCAUCUAUCUCUUCGUCGUUUGCUACUAUGGCAUGCUUAACAGCACGACGUGGCUGUACGGCGCGGAGGUCUUGCCUAUCGCGCUACGGAGCAAGGUGAUGGGUCUUGCAGCGGCGUCGCACUUCAUCGUGAAUGUUGCCAUCACCGAAGCUGGACCCAGCGCGUUCGCCAACAUCCACGAGAACUACUAUUACGUCUUCGUGGCCUGCUCCGCCUUCUUUCUGGUCAUUGCGUACCUCUACUUCCCCGAAACUAAGCAAAAGACCCUCGAAGAAGUCGCCGCCGCCUUCGGUGACCGCGUCGUCCUGGUCCACGAAACUCCUAAACAAGCGUCCGUCGCCGGCGACGCAAACCACCUCGAAUCAGCAGCAGCUGGGCCUGCAUAA